UGUAUAUUGCUGAACGAAUAUGAGAGUUUAGAUAGAUAACAAAUUCUCAUAAGAAGAAGUAAAACUGUUUUGUUUUAUAUUUCAUUCUAGUUUUUGCGAUGUAAAUCUUAAUUUUGGUCAAUGUUAAAUUUGUUGUGUCUGAGUUUAUUUUAUGCAAAUAUUAAAAUCUUUAAACUUGUGUGAGUUUAUGUUACGAGACCUAGUCAUUAAAAUUAUACUGAUAUGGAGAUAAUUCCAUGUUAUAGUAUAUUAUUAGUUUUUAUAUUUGCAAUUAUAUAUGUUAGAACUGAUGAAGAAGCUCCAUCGUAUAUGUCGAAAGCGGAGAGAAUAAGUCUGAGGGAGGAGGCACGUCAGAUGUUUUACCAUGCAUAUGAUGCUUAUAUGGACAAUGCGUAUCCAGCUGAUGAAUUAAUGCCUCUCAGUUGCAAAGGACGAUGGAGGGGAGUUACACCUAGUCGAGGGGAUAUGGAUGAUGUACUGGGAAAUUUUUCUCUUACACUAGUGGACAGCUUAGACACGUUGGUCGUAAUGGGCGACUUCUCGGAGUUUAGCCGAGCCAUCAAGCUGGUGAUCAAAGACGUCACGUUUGAUCACGAUAUCAUCGUUUCCGUGUUCGAGACGAACAUUCGCAUGCUUGGAGGAUUACUGUCGGCUCACGUUCUUGCUACUGCUUUGAAGAGCGAAGUUCCUGCCCUAGAAUGGUACGACGGUGAACUAUUAGCUAUGGCCGAGGACCUUGGCAGAAGAUUAUUACCAGCGUUCAAUACUUCCACUGGAAUACCACAUGGAAGGAUAAAUCUUCGUAACGGUAUGCGCGGCCUGUCCGAGUCUCGUGAGACGUGCACUGCCUGCGCUGGUACCAUGAUACUGGAAAUGGCAGCAUUGUCUCGUCUUACGGGAAAUCCCGUAUACGAACAAAAGGCCCACAAAGCUAUGGAUCGCCUUUGGAAAAUACGACACAGGACUUCCGAUUUAAUGGGCACAGUUAUAAAUAUUCACAAUGGAGACUGGGUGAGGAAGGACUCUGGUGUGGGAGCGGGUAUCGAUUCGUACUACGAAUACUGCCUUAAAGCUUACAUACUACUCGGAGAUGAGAAAUAUUUGUCCAGGUUCAUUAGACACUACAACGCCGUCAUGAAGUACAUAAGUAGAGGUCCUAUCAUGCUAGCUGUACACAUGCAUAGACCGCAUCUACAAUCACGUAAUUUCAUGGACGCCCUUCUCGCCUUCUGGCCCGGUUUGCAAGUUUUAUUGGGAGAUGUUCGUCCCGCUGUCGAAACUCAUGAAAUGUUGUAUCAAGUAAUGCAGCGUCAUACGUUCAUACCGGAGGCGUUUACUUCGGACUUCCAGGUCCACUGGGGUCAACAUCCGCUCCGCCCAGAGUUUCUAGAAUCAACUUACUUCCUCCACCGUGCGACUGGCGACGAUCAUUACCUUCAAGUCGGUAAAACAGUACUACGGGCUCUUCAAACUCAUACUAAAGUGCCCUGCGGUUAUGCGGCUGUGAACGAUGUAAGGACUAGACUGCACGAAGACAGGAUGGAUUCAUUCGUAAUUGCUGAAACAUUCAAGUACUUAUACAUGUUGUUUGGGGAAGAUAAAGACUUGCCAGUAAAGUUAGAAGACUACGUAUUGACAACUGAAGCCCAUUUUUUGCCGCUGUCCCUCGCGACUGACGGAAAAAACGGUUCCUAUUUGACUAUUAAGAUAGACGAUGAAGAUGAAGAUAAAUAUAAAAGAACGUGCCCAAACACAGCGUCCCUCGUAGCUGAGAAGGUUCGCCAGCCGAUGAGACAGAUGCUGGGUUCGAAGGCAGCGAGACCGCCAGCAAGGUUGCGACCUCUGAACGACCCGCGACAAAUACACGCACUGUCAGAUAUGGGCAUAUCAGUACUCACUUUACCUGAUGGCAGGGUGCAGUUGUUGUAUACUGUUAACACGGCAAAAUCAGCAAAGGAUGCGGCAGAAGGUCUAACUUUUAUGCGUGAGAUGUCUAAAUUUAAUUCACUCAGCGAUACAGAAAAUGGAGUAAUGGCUGCCGGUGUUAAGAUUAACGAUAAAAUAUUCCCAGCUGGGCCUGGUCAUUUUGGCAAAGACCUUACUGGACCCGCUUUGUAUUCAGGCAAACCAGUUUUCGUAACACCAGUAGACGCUUGUGCGACCAUUGAAAAUAGCAAAGAAGUAGCUGGAAAAUUCGCAAUAGCGAAGCGAGGUGAAUGCACAUUUGCUCAAAAAGUUCGAUUCAUGCAAGAAGCUGGAGCAAAGUUUGCCAUAAUUAUGGACAACGUUAAAGAUUCCUCGCAUGAAACGACCGCGCUUUUUGCCAUGUCCGGCGAUGGCAAGGACGAUAUUGAAAUACCCGCAGUUUUCCUUUUCUCACGAGAAGCAAUGUACUUAACGGAUGCCCUAAAUCAGGAUCCCGAACUUAUCGUAACCGUUGGUGAUCUAAGAUCUCUUAAACAGCAGUUCGAAGGCGGUUGCGAUAACGGAAACUGUGAACCUGUAACCGAUGCUCCUACCUUACCUAGUGAUAGAGAAUCAUUCGACCACCUCAAAAAAGUACUUAGCCAACUUGUUGCCCAAUUCGAAUUAUCAUUAUCGAGCGAAGACAGUGCUCAAAAAACAUGCAGUGAGGAACCCCAAGAUUUGUUUGUGUCUAAAGAUAAUGAAUUUGUAAAUGAAGAUGUUCAUAGUAGUAAAGUUUGUACAAAUGACUGUGAUGAAGAAGAGCAAAUCAGUGAAACUAACGAUGCAUACACAGCCCAGCCCGCUCAAAAUAAAUUUGGAGAUAUCUGACCGGACCCGCGGGCUUUGUACAAGGACCAUUUGUAUAUAAACUGGUAAACUUCCCUGUAAAAAGAUUGUACAUAUUAAAUAAGAUAAAUGUUGAAAAGUUUUCCUGCCUUGUACAAAUAUUGUAUCACGAUUUUUUUAUUUAUAUGCUGUCUAAAUGGGUUUAAAACAAUGUAAAAUUAUUAUAAAUAAAGUUAUCAAAUAAUUAAUGUUCAGUAGGUACUUCAAAAAUGUUAAGAAAACUUAUUUAAUAAGAUAUAUUAAAUAUUAUGGAAAA